AUGACCAGCCUGAAGGAAAUCUGUCGUGGCCUUCCUCUAUACCCUUUGCCUGAAAACAGAGGUCGGAGGAAAGGAAUACCCCAUGCACCCGUGAGAACCCCUAGUCUCACUGCUCAGGAGAAAAAGCUGGCUUUGCGCAAUGCCUUGCGUUAUUUCCCACCCGAAAUACAAAAGAAGCUGGCGCUGGAAUUUGCUGAAGAACUCAGGCUGUAUGGUCAUAUCUAUAUGUACAGAUUCUUUCCAGAUAUUGAGAUGAGAGCAUACCCCAUAGGAGACUACCCUUGCAAGACCAAAUCAGCUGCUGCCAUUAUGUUGAUGAUCAUGAAUAAUCUGGACCCCUCAGUGGCUCAGUUUCCUCAGGAGCUUGUCACUUAUGGAGGAAAUGGGCAGGUCUUCAGCAACUGGGCACAGUUCUGGUUGGUAAUGCACUAUUUGUCAGAGAUGACUGAAGAGCAAACACUAGUCAUGUACAGUGGACAUCCUCUGGGACUCUUUCCCAGCCAUCAAGAUGCUCCUCGAUUAAUCAUUACUAAUGGCAUGGUUAUUCCCAACUAUUCCACCAGAGAUGAAUAUGAGAAGAUGUUUGCUUUGGGAGUAACAAUGUAUGGUCAGAUGACUGCAGGGAGCUACUGCUACAUUGGGCCUCAGGGAAUAGUCCAUGGGACUGUGCUCACAGUGCUCAAUGCAGGCCGGCGCUACUUGAAGGCAGAAGACUUGUCUGGAAAGGUGUUUGUUACUUCUGGCCUCGGAGGGAUGAGUGGGGCUCAAGCAAAGGCUGCAGUCAUUGCUGGGUGUGUGGGGAUCAUUGCAGAGGUUGAUGAAGCAGCACUUUUGAAACGUCACAAGCAGGGAUGGCUGAUGGAAAUCUCUAACAACCUGGACCAUUGCAUUGCUCGCCUUAGAGAUGCAAGAAAGAAUAAAAUUGCCCUUAGUUUGGGUUACCAUGGGAAUGUGGUAGAUCUAUGGGAGAGGCUAGUACAUGAGCUGGACACAACAGGAGAGCUGCUAGUUGAUCUGGGGUCUGACCAAACUUCAUGUCAUAACCCAUUCAGCGGGGGAUACUAUCCCGUACAGCUUGGCUUUGAGGAAGCAAAGCAGCUCCUUUCCACCAAUCCAGGGAAGUUCCGGACCCUGGUACAAGAGAGUCUGAAGAGACAUGUGGCUGCUAUUAACAGACUAGCUGAUAAGGGCAUGUUUUUUUGGGAUUAUGGCAAUGCUUUUCUCUUGGAAGCUCAAAGGGCUGGUGCUGAUGUUGAGAAAAGAGGAGCCAAUAAAACAGAAUUUCGAUAUCCUUCCUACGUUCAGCACAUCAUGGGGGACAUUUUUUCCCUGGGAUUUGGGCCAUUCCGCUGGGUUUGUACCUCGGGUGACCCACAGGAUCUUGCUACCACUGACUCAAUUGCCAUGUCUGUGCUGGAAGACUCUAUACGUCGGGGAGUAAGCACAUCUGUGAAGCAGCAAUACCAUGACAACAUCCGCUGGAUUCGGGAAGCUGGCAGGCACAGCUUGGUUGUUGGCUCUCAAGCUAGAAUCUUAUAUUCUGAUCAGAGUGGUCGUGUGUCUAUAGCUGUGGCUAUUAAUCGAGCGAUUUCCGAAGGAAGGAUUAAGGCUCCAGUAGUCCUCAGCCGAGAUCACCAUGAUGUGAGUGGGACCGACAGUCCUUACAGAGAAACGUCAAACAUUUAUGAUGGAUCAGCCUUUUGCGCAGACAUGGCGGUACAAAAUUUUGUAGGAGAUGCGUUCAGAGGAGCAACCUGGGUCGCAUUGCACAACGGUGGUGGAGUUGGCUGGGGUGAAGUGAUCAAUGGGGGAUUUGGCCUGGUUUUGGAUGGGUCCAAGGAGGCUGAAGAACGGGCGAAGAUGAUGCUCAGCUGGGAUGUUUCCAAUGGAGUUGCCAGACGUUGCUGGUCAGGUAAUGACUAUGCUUAUGAAACGAUCUGCCAAGCAAUGAAAGAGAAUGCCGCAUUGAAGGUGACUCUCCCUCACAAAGUGGUGGACGAGAACAUCUUGGAGCAAGCCAUGAAACAUUAG